AAGUAAGAAGAGUUAAUGAAAAAAGAUAAGCUUUUUUUAAACGAUUAUUUUUAAAUUCCUGCGUAAAAAAGCAGACGUCAAUAAAAAUUUAUUGCGGCUGUGACUGAAUUUUUAAAGGAUAAUCAAUCAUAAACAUUCAUGCGUACAUUUAAGUAUUAAAUUGUAAAUAAAAAUUAAAUUAUUUGAAAGCUAGAAUAGAGAAAAGAAAAAAUCCUCGAAGAGGCUUAAUUUUCGAGAAAGAUCUGAACGCGUGGCACGAAUAAUUUUGGACUUGUAAGAUGAUUCCUGGUUAUGGACCCGUAACUCAAGCUUUACUUGGCACUUUAUUGACAUGGGGUUUAACGGCUGCCGGUGCCGUUUGCGUUAUAUUCUUGCGCGGCAAUCAACGUAAGUCUUUAGAUGCCGCUUUAGGGUUUGCGGCUGGAGUUAUGGUAGCCGCCUCGUUUUGGUCUUUAUUAAGUCCGGCUAUUGAAAUGGCUGAAAAUUCUCAAUUGUACGGCAUAUACGCCUUUUUACCAGUUUCUGCUGGAUUUUUAUUAGGCGCAGUUUUUGUUUAUGGCUGCGACAAAUUAAUGUCGUAUUUGGGUUUAAAUAGUACCAGUAUGAUGAUACAAAUGACACACAGCAACAAAGACAAAGCGGAAAUAGAAAUAAAUGAAAUUCGACAACAGCCCAAUGGUUUGAAUAGUUUCCCGGACUGUUUAAGUGUUCAGCACAGUCACAAUGAUACUGAGCCCCGGCGUCGCAAAAAACUCAGCAUGGACGUAGAAGGUCAUAAUCAUUAUGUAGCCGAUGAAGAACGUUCAAAAUUAGAAAAUGCCAUGGCGCAGUGGAAACGAAUUAUGCUGUUGGUAGUUGCCAUAACAGUGCACAAUAUACCCGAAGGCCUGGCGGUGGGUGUGGGUUUUGGUGCCAUCGGAUCUAGCAAUUCGUCAACUUUUGAAGCAGCUCGCAAUCUAGCUAUUGGUAUAGGCAUACAAAAUUUCCCUGAAGGUUUGGCAGUGAGCCUACCUUUACAUGCCGCUGGUUUCAGUGUUAUGCGUUCGUUGUGGUACGGGCAAUUAUCAGGAAUGGUAGAACCAAUAUUUGGAAUUUUGGGAGCUGUGGCUGUAACCAUAUCGAGCCUUAUUCUACCAUAUGCGUUGGCCUUUGCCGCCGGCGCUAUGAUCUACAUAGUAGCGGAUGACAUAUUACCCGAAGCUCACACCAGUGGCAACGGUACGAUAGCCACUUGGGGUACUAUAGCAGGUUUCUUGAUAAUGAUGUGUCUUGAAAUUACUCUGUCUUGAUGUUUGCUAUAAGGCUAAUCAGCUAGGAUUCGACAACAUUAGUCCGUUUUUUUUAUAGCUUUUUAGAACAUUUUAUUAAACCAAACGUACCGACUGUAGAAGUAGGGG